UGGAAAAUAUAGCACAGAAAUUGAGAGCGAGUAUAUGUAGGUUAGCUGUUCAACCGGUCUAUAAAUAUGUCCUCGAGCUCCCCUCAAAGUCCUUGAAAUCAUCAACAACAACUCCAUUGCUCAAUCAACCAAAGUUACCACAAACCAAAUAUCUUUAAGAGCCUUCCUCCGUCUUUCAAACCAAACCAAAUCAUCAAAAUGAAGACCAACUUCCUUAUCAUCCUCGCCGCUGUCGCCGUCGGCGUCUUCGCCAACUCCGAAGCCAACCCCGAAGCCAGCGUCGAAGCCAACGCUGAAGCCACUAUCGAAGCCGACCUCGACUUCGAAGCUAGCUCGCCGGGCGAUGGCCUCGUCAAGCGCGCAGCCUGCCACAAGCCCAGCAAGUGCAGUGUGCUAUGGGCUGGAGGUUGCGAACGUUAUUGCCUUCCUCAUAAAUUCUCCCACAUGACUAGCAGUGGCUGCCCGAUGCUUGCCAAGAGGUGCUGCUGCAAGUAAGUUGGCGUUUGAUUAUACUAUAUUUCAGCGGCGCACAAACCCAUGAAACAAACGCAGAGGCUCGAAGGGAAGAUAUGUGGGGGAAGGAA